GAGAGAGAGAGAGAGAAUGGGGAGAGGGAAGGUGGAAUUGAAGAGGAUAGAGAACCCGACGAGCAGGCAAGUGACCUUUUCCAAGCGUAGAAACGGGCUUCUGAAGAAAGCUUUCGAGCUAUCUAUUCUCUGCGAUGCUGAGGUUGGGCUCAUCAUCUUCUCCGCCACUGGCAAGGUUUACCAGUACUCCUCUCAAGACAUCAACAGGACCGUCUCAAGGUACCGUAGUGCGGUGGGGCUGCCUCAAUUAUAUAAUUGCCAUUCCAGGACCAUUGAGUUUUGGAGGGCAGAACUUGACAGCUUAAAGAAAACGGUGGACACGUUGGAGGCAAGAAUCAAGCACUUGAAUGGAGAAGAUUUGUUGAACUUGGGCCUGAGAGAUCUGAAGCAAUUGGAGCGUCAAGUGAAGAUCGGAGUCGAUCGCAUUCGAUCCCGAAAGAGAUGUAUAAUCUCAGAGCACAUCAGCUUGUUAAAAGGGAAGCAAAGAGCACUCCAACAUGAGAAUGUCUAUCUACAAAAAAAGCUGCAUGAGGUCAACACAAGUUCAAGCAGCUCAGCACAAGGACAUACCAACGGGCUGACCAAAUCAACGGUCGAUCAUGUUCCAAAUUACAUAUGAGAGAGACUCUUCAAUGAAUUUCGUUGCAGUAGUAGCUUAAAACCCUUGAAAAAGGUUAUUGCUUGAUGCAUGUAAAUAUUUGAAAGUAGAUUUAAGGGGGCAUUUUCCAAUUCUUACCUAAUCCAAUAAAAGUUACUGUAAGGUAAGACUUUCUGUUUUAGCACUUAUCUAGUAAAAUCUCUAUUUUUAAGAAAGGCAUUUUCUCUUAAUAAAUGAAAACAGCAUUUUUAGGGUUAA